AUGGAGGCCCGCGAGUCCCGCGAAUCCCACAAGAGGCCUCGGUCUCCGGGCGAGCAGCAGAUGUCGUCCAAAGUGGCCAAGACGCAUUCGAAUCAUCUGCAAAUCAACUAUCUCGCGCGCCAAUAUCCAGAUAACCUCCCACUCGUCUCCGUCGAAGAUACCAUGCCCGCGAUUAUUCACCUGCUAGGGGAGUACGAUGGCGUGUUACACCGCCAUGAGAGCAUCGCGGGAAACCUCGGCGCAUGUCCGCUGGGACCGAUCCUGAUCAAGCGAUUCGAGCGACUCUUCGAUGGACCCCCGCAGGUGUUGAAGUCGCAUGGCAAGGACGGACCCACGGUGACUUGGCUGGACGUGGUGGAAUUCGCCAAGAACAAGCCGGAACAAUUCAAUCUGGAGAAGUCGCGCAAUGGGGUCCGGGUCUGUCAGUUCUAUACCAAGCAAUGUCGCGUGGAGAUCAGCGAGGAGGACUUUGUCUUGAUCGCCUCGGGCAUGCCCCAGAAGAUGAUCCCGCCCCAGCCGAUCAUUGAAGACGAGGAGAAGGAGCUGGGUGCGCUGGAGAUCCUGGAGAAGAACUUGCAGCACAUCACGCAAAUGGCGGAUCAGGGUAGGCAAUCCGAUACUCUUCUUAACAUAGCGACGAAUACUGAUCUGGAUUUAGUCUCUGCUCGGGCCCGACAGCUCAACCAUCGGUUGAAGAACCGGCGGAACGCAAUUGUCACCCGGCGCGAAAACGAUGCCACUCUCCAUGCGCAUUCCCGAUCUGCUACUGACAUCUGGCGUGAUGCCAAUGGCCUUGGACCGGUCAACGGUCACGGCCAAGGUUCUUCGCACCCUUCCCCGUCCGGGUUUGUCGCCGUCAACGCCCAACGCCCGGAUGGUGAGCACGAGGAGAACUCGCUGGCGUCUCAGUUCAUGUUCUCCCAGACCAACACCGACAAUGUCACCAUGAUCAACGGGCAAUCCAUCAAAGGCGCCUCGCCAACCACCCGCGCGGACCUAAUGAAGAAAUUCUUCACAACCGCAGACCGCCACGCUCGUGGCUACGACGACGUUACGACCCCCAUCAACCCCCAACCCCUCCCACGGCCUCGCGCCGAAGGAACAGACACCUCUCUAUAUAAUCCAGCCACAGCAACCCCAGUGGCAAUCCCCAGCACUCCCUCCUCCCUCCUCCCUCCCCCGAAAUCCACGCAGCCCGAAAAGGACGACGGCGGGCCCUACAAGCAGGAAAUGAUCGCCCGCAUGGAAGAGCUUCAACGCGGCGAGCGUGUGCUCCCCCCCUGCGACCGCUGCCGCCGCCUCCACAUGGACUGUCUGAAGAACCUGACCGCCUGCGCCGGCUGCACCAAGAAACACGCAAAGUGUUCCUGGCGCGACGUCAAAAACGACGAGAUCAUCGGCCUGCGCGCCAGCCUCAUGACCCCCUCCAGCUACGACCCCCACGCCAUCACGCCCCCAACCUUCACUGCUCCCCUGCCGCCCAUCUCGGCGGAACGCGAACGCUACGAAGAACCCUACUACAGCCGUCGCGAGUCCGCCCCCUCCGCCCCAAACCCAGUCCCACACUCCGCCCCCACAGUCCCCAUGGAACUCCCCUCCAGUGACAAUUCUCCCCGCCGCGCCGUGAGCGAGACAGAAGGUCGUCCACGGCCCCGUGAUGACCUCGAUCCAGACGCGAAUCAGCGUCUCAUGCAGGCUAUUCUUGAUACCGUUGAUCAUCACACUCGUGUUGCUGCGGCGGUGCAGGAAAAGGAGCGCGGGGCGGAGCGGGAUCCCGUCUCUGCUAUGCCGGCUGGUUCGGCAGUCCCGGGUCCUCAUGGGCCUGGUGCUGAGCGGGAUCAUGAGCGGGAGCGGGAACGUCAGCGGGAGCGUGAGAGGGAGAGGGAGCGCGAGAGGGAAUCGGAGCGGGAUCGAGAUCGGGAUCGAAGGCUUGUGCAGGCUUGA